AUGCUCAGAAAGCUGCACUCCCUCUUUAACUCUGGCCAGCACAAGAAGGCGGAGGUGGCCGAGAGUUCCUGCUACGACAGAGCCAGCCCAGCCGUGCGGCUGAUCCGCAGCAGCUCCAUGUACGUGGUCGGGGACCACGGGGAGAAAUUCAGCGAGUCCUUAAAGAAGUACAAAAGCACCAGCAGCAUGGACACCAGCGUGUACCACCUGCAGCAGGAAGGCGACCGUGCGUGGACGUACUCUCGCACCCAGGACUGUUUGCAGUACUUACAGGAGCUGCUGGCCUUGCGGAAGAAGUAUCUCAGCAGCCUCCAGGACCUGAAGCCCUACCGCGCCCAGGGCGUCCCCUCUACCUCCUCCAAAUCUUCCAAGAGGGCAGAAAAGGCCCCUGGCCAGUCCACUUCCAAAGAAAUAAAGAAAGCAACUGCAAAGAAAUAUUCCCAGUUCAGUGCGGAUGUGGCAGAGGCCAUGGCCUUCUUUGAUUCCAUCAUUGCAGAGCUGGAUACAGAGAAGAGGCCGAGGGCGGCAGAGGCAGACCCUCCCAAUGAGGAUGUGGACUUCCACGUGGCCACCAGCUCCCGGGAGCACAGCUUGCAUUCCAACUGGAUCCUGCGGGCACCACGCCGGCACUCUGAGGGCAUUGCUGGGCAUACUGUGCACGCAACAGAUGGCCAGUUUCGAAGGAGCACCGAGUGCAGGACCUUUGGCACUCAGAGAAGGCUCGAGAGGCACCCCAUUUACUUGCCCAAGGCUGUGGAGGGGGCAUUCAACACCUUGAAAUUUAAGCCCAAAGCCUGCAAAAAGGAACCCAGACAGAUCCUCUUCAACUUCUCAGGAGAAGAUAUGGAACGGGAUGCGGAGCUCUUUGCGCUGGAGGCCCCGGCGUCUCCGGGGGAGGACUACCACGAGACAGAGAACCCCAAAGGGCAGUGGCUGCUUCGAGAAAAACUGUGGGAGCGAACCGUGCCCUGA